AUGAUAAACUUUUAUCGAAGAUUUAUACCGAAAGCCAUCGAAGCUCAGAUUCCGUUGCUGGCAAUGACCCCUGGCAACAAACGCAACGAUCGCUCCAAAUUGGUAUGGACUAGUGAAGCCUCAGCCGCAUUUGAGAAAUGCAAGCAGCAACUUUCUCAAGCUACACUUCUCGCACAUCCCGCCAAAUCCGCAGAAUUGUCGCUGUGGGUCGACGCAUCCGACGUUGCAGCAGGGGCGGUGUUGCACCAGGUCAUCGCCGAAGAAGUUCAGCCAUUGGGUUUUUUCUCGAAAAAGUUCGACAAAGCCCAGUUGCGCUAUAGCACCUACGAUCGCGAGCUUACAGCGAUCUUCCUCGCAGUUCGGCACUUAAAGUUCAUGUUAGAAGGACGAAGCUGCCACAUCUACACGGACCAUAAACCGAUUAUCUUCGCUUUCCGUCAGAAACUCGACAAGGCUUCCGAUCGCCAAGCUAGCCAGUUGGACUUCAUUGGGCAAAUAACAACGGAUAUCCGACACAUCGUUGGCAGGGACAACAUCGUCGCUGAUUUACUUUCCCGUAUAGCUGCCAUCCAAAGCACGCCCUCUCUAGAUUUCGGCGCACUUGCCGAAGACCAACAAACCGACGAUGAAAUUCGAAAUAUUAUAGAAGGCAGCGCAAAACAACUGUUUUGUGAUGCCUCCGGUGGUCACAUUCGCCCAUUCGUUACGAAACGCUUUCGUAAAGUCGCUCUCCAAGCGACGCACCAUCUGGCACACCCUGGCACUCGUUCUCAAGGUGGCCCGAAGCAUUUCCCGUUCCGGACUGCACCAACCAUCGCUGAAGCUUUAGUCACCGGAUGGAUUGCUCGUUUUGGCGUGCCAACCUACAUCACGACCGACCAAGGACGUCAAUUCGAGUCAUUACUAUUUUCCGAGCUAACUCGCAUGCUUGGAGCAAUGCACAUACGCACGACUGCAUACCACCCUCAAUCGAAUGGUAUAAUCGAACGGUGGCACAGGAGUCUUAAGGCGUCGAUUCUUUGCCACGACACCGAGCGCUGGUGUGACCACCUACCGGUGAUUCUGCUCGGGCUGCGGACGGUAUAUAAGGAGGACAUCAAAGCUUCACCUGCUGAGAUGGUAUAUGGAACAACUCUCCGAAUACCGUCUGAGUUUUUUGUCGACAAGCCAAAGAUUUCCAACGAAGUUGAAUUCGUUGCUAACCUUCGAAAAGCCAUACGUAAUCUGCGACCGAAGGAAACUGCUUUUCAUGGAAGUCGCAACGUCUUCGUUCAUCAGGACCUUCAAUCAUGCCAACAUGUUUUUGUACGGAACGAUUCAGUGCGACCAUCGUUAUCACCUCCAUAUGAAGGACCAUUCGAGGUGGUAAACCGUUCUAACAAGUUCUUCGUCGUGAAAAUGAAGGGACGAUCAGCAAAUGUUUCGGUCGACAGACUGAAACCUGCCUACACUCUGGAAGAGCAACAAUCACCAGGAAUUUCUGCAUCCUCACCUACUUGCACCGCCACGACUCCAUCGACUAAGGUCACUCGUUCUGGUAGACGAGUUGUUAUCCCCCUUCGCUAUCGCUAG